UCUGGCUUUUCAGCAGAAGGAGAAAGAGAGCAGCUGCGUCCUGUGGCUCUUGGCUCCUGCACCGCAUCCCUGGGAUAUAAUUGCAACGCUUGCAUUCCUCUUGAUUGGGAUUUUGGGGAAGGAAAAAAGGAAGGAAGGAGAGGCGCCUAGCUCUGAUCAUCCGCAGUGGAUUACAAUCGCAAAAGGAUGACUCUGGAAGAAGAAGCGGCAGCAGCAUCAGCGCCUCUCUGCCCGAAAAGGAUGGAGGCCAAAGUGGGCCAAGCCUUGGAGAGGCUCCUGGCCGCAGCCCAGGCUCAGCGAUGCCUCACCCUCGGAGUCUACGAAGCGGCGAAGCUCAUGAACGCGGACCCUGACAGUGUGGUGCUCUGCCUGCUGGCCAUCGACGAAGAGGACGAGGACGACAUUGCCCUCCAGAUCCACUUCACCCUCAUCCAGGCCUUCUGCUGCAACAACGACAUCGACAUCCUCCGCAUCUCUGGCAUGGAGCGCCUGGCAGCCGUCCUGGGAGAAAGCGGGGCCCAGCCAGGCACCCCCAACGCCAACACUAACGCCAACCCUGCCGGGGAAGCUGAGCCGAAGGACCUCCACUGCAUCCUGGUGACGAAUCCGCACACAGAGGGCUGGAAGAGCCAGGGCCUGGCGGAGGUGGCCAGCUACUGCGAGGAUUGCCGGGGGAACAACCAGUGGGUGCCCUACGUCUCCCUUCAGGCGCGCUGAGCUCCCAGCCUCCUGCCCACGUCUUCCUGGUUUCGCCAAGAGAAGCAGACAAAGGAGACAACAAUGGAAAGGAGGAGGGAGAGGAAUGCCCCCUUUUCUUAAAACAAAAAAAAUUAAACGAGGCUCAGUCCGUCCGGUCAAGAGAGAGAGAGAAUGAGAGAGAGAGAGAAUGAGAGAGGUGGGGAUGACGAUGAGUCAGUCCCUGAGAAAGAGACGGAUGACGGCUGAGGAGAGGAGGAGGCGGAUGCGUCAGCUGAUUGCCGAGAAGGAAGAGGAGGCGCAUGGCGCAUGGCUGGCUGCAGCAGGCCCAAACCACAUGGAGAUGGACCCCUCUCCUUCUGUUUUCCUUUGCAGUGGUGUGUGAAUGCAGAGCAAGCAAUGAAGUGCCAGUGCCCAAGUGGCCUGCCUUUGCAGCCGCCUUCCUCUUCGGAGACUGAGUGCGGCAGCAUUUCUCUGCGCGGAAAAGGAUUAGGAGAGAAAGAAAAGCCCAAGCGUUUUGCCGUUUUGCCCUUGCUCAGGACUCUUGAAAUGGAGAGAGGAAGGAAGAGAGAAGAUGCGUCUUCACUAUUUUGAGCUUAACGCAGAAAUAAAAAGGGACCGACUUCAAAAGACAGCGGCAAAUAAACUUUCCUAUAUGUAUAUUUUUAACAAAGACUUGGAUGCAUCGAAGGAUUAUCUUUUUGAGAGAAAAAUCCCACACACAGACUCACAUGCAAAUCUUUUAACUUUUUUGCACUCUUAAGAGAUGAUUAAAAAUUGGAUUUAUUCUUCUACCUGAUUUGGAAAAUACAAUAAAAAAGUUAUAUCCUGAAA